UGCGCGCAACUUCAUUGAGUCGAGCAUCAUGGUUAGGCGCGCAUGGUUGCUGCUCCUCUGCGCAGCCCUAGCUGCUGCACGCGAGUGCAUCGAACUCACGUUAUCUGAUAAAAGUAUUCUCACAGAAAGCCUAUUCAAUGGGACUAUAAUUAAAUUAACCCUUAACGACACAAUCGAAGACACCCCACGGUACAAUAUCCUGGAUAUAUGGGACAGGUUCCCGAGAAUUGUGGUGCCGAAGAAUGGGACCAGCGAACAGUGCCGCCGUGACAGCCAGCGCUAUGUUGACAGCUUGGAAAAAUUGGAGUUGUGGGCGUUGAAAAUGUUUGAUGCAACUGCAAAACCUCCAUCGGGCAUACUGAGCGGGAACGGCAAUCAGUACGGAGAUUUCGACGAAUGUCUAAGUGUAGAUGGAUCUGUGCGUGGUAAAUACUGCCUCGCCUCGCUCGAAAUUAGUUUCAAUGACUUGAAGUACAACCACAUAGAUUCGCUCAUACACAGUGGACAUUACAUACGAAGUAAUGUUACAGACAUGGGUCACCGCGUUCCGAGAUAUUCGAGUUUACUGUGGGGUGUCUGCAUCCCGAGUUCCUGCAGCAGUUUCGACCUGGAAGAGGAGCUUUCUCAAAGAUUAGCCGACCUUGGUAUGACUGUCAAGGUUCAUAACACUAUGUGCACUGUGAAGAAUAGAAAUAGACCAUACUCAUUCGGCAAGACACUAUCGAUUACAUUCUUCCUAGCAGUAAUUCUUUUACUGAGCUUGGGAACGAUGCUCGACGAUGGAAAAGAAGGGACUACAAAUUUCGAAAAGUUGCUCAAUGCUUUUUCAUUAAAACGCAAUUUUAAAAAAGUAUUCGAUCUAUCGGACGCCCCAACUAGAGUCAAAGGUGUCGACGCAUUUAGAGGUAUCAAUGCCUUUGCCCUGCUCAUCGCCCAUAAAUCUAUGGCAAUGGCGCACAACCCUUAUGUCAACAAGGUCGAGUACUCUGCGGUGUUCGGCAUGCCGUGGGCUGUUAUUGGUCGUUCUGCGAUAUUGUAUACAGACAGCUUUCUUUACUUGAGUGGAUUUCUGAACGCUCACAAUCUAUUGCAAGAUCUCGAGAGAAAAGGGACGAUAGAUGUGAAAAACAGACUAAUUGGUAGAUGGUUUCGGCUAUUCCCCUUGUUCCUUAGUCUGAUGUUGUUCUGUACGUACAUUUUGCCUGAUGUCAACAAUGGACCCCAAUGGAACCUGGUGGUGGAAGAACAUAGUAGGGUUUGCGAGAAGACCAUGUGGAAAAGUUUCCUCUUCAUUCACAAUUACUUUGGAUUCGAAGAAAUGUGUCUCACCCAUACCCAUCAGCUGGGUAUGGACAUGCAGCUGUACGUGGCGACCUUACCUCUAAUGCUGGUGCUGGUCAGGUCGCGUACCCUUGGUCUGUCAUUGAUCCUCGCCGUCGCGGUAGCCUCCACAGUCUUAAGAUAUCUUGCCGUACAUUGGUAUCAAAUCAGCAUGUUCGUGUACUAUGGCAUUUCAGUACAGAAAUUGUUAGACGCAGCAAGGUACUCCUACAUACUGCCCACACACCGCGCUACGAUAUACCUCAUAGGUGUAGCUAUGGCGUACUUUAUGCGCACUAAGAAGCUCAAUUUUGUUUUGAGUAACACUCAAGUGAGGUUAUUGUGGGCGGCGUGCUUCGCCCUAGCCGCGUUUACAAUUGUCAGCCCCUACGAGAUGGGGCUGGAGGGCUACCAGUACGAACCAGAGCAGGCCGCAUCAUUCGCCACCUACUCACCGAUCCUCUGGGGACUGUUCAUGUGUAUGGCGCAUUGGGCCAUUUGUAAUAAUUAUGCUGGUCUUGGUACAGCAAUUAUUGAAUUACCUGUGUUCAAGUUCUUCAACAAGAUUUCAUACGGUGUAUACUUGACCCAGUUCCCCAUUUUCUUCUACAAUGUCGGAGUACAGAGACAUGCUGAAUAUUAUUCACCGAUACUUCUGGUUCACGCCCCAGAGAUGUUAAGCAUCUUAGUGAUAUCAAUAUUGACGACUGUAGCUAUUGAGAUGCCAUUCAAUCAAGUCUACAGGAUAUAUUUUGGAAAAUCGCAGAAUAAAUUAAAGGACAAAUAGAAGUGGAAUGUCAAUGACUAGAUUAAGUUUUAGACUAAUGUGUACAUAUUUAUAACAUUAAGCCAGACAUCACGUAUUCACGUAAUUAGCAUGUAGAUGAUUUUGACUAUUUUUAUACCUGAUGAUUACUAUAAUGUAGAAUAGAUUAAGUUAUUUGAAUGAAAUAAAGCAGGGUUUAGUACUAUAUUUAUUGACUUCGUUUACAUUUUCGCAUAUACUUCGACCUGAAUAGGAUCUUAUUGAACUUGAAUUAUUAAAAUUAUGCUAAAACUAAACUUAACCACAGUGUAAGUUGAAUACCAUUUGAUAUAUAAUAAUAAUACAAAUUC